AAACCGGAAGUGGCACUGUGAAACGGCUGCUUCUAGUGAAGGAGCGCCAUGGCGUCAAGGUUACUGCGGGUGUGCGGCGCCCUCCGACGAGGCUUCGGCGCCCCUGGGAGCCCCUUUGGCGGGAAGGAGAGAGGGCCCCUGGGCCUGGCGGGAGCCUCCAGAGCCAUGGGCGCAGGAGGCAUCCCCACCAAUGAAGAGCAAGCCACCGGGUUGGAAAGGAAAGUCAUGAAGGCUUUGGAGAAGGGCCUGGAUCCCUACAGCAUGUUCCCACCCAAACGGCACGCGGGGACCAAGGAAGACCCCAACAUUGUCCCCUCAAUCACUGACAAGAGGAUUGUAGGCUGUAUCUGUGAAGAGGACAACAGUGCCGUGAUCUGGUUCUGGUUGCACAAGGGUGAACCUCAGCGCUGCCCUUCCUGUGGAGCCCACUACAAGCUGGUUCCCCAUCAGCUGCCAUGAUCUUCCAGGUCUGAUGUCUGCUAAAAUUUCCUAUUUAUGGUUUCUGGGAUCCAAGCCUAAGCAGUGCAGCUGUUCUGAUUGCAAUGUACCACAUUCCUUGGAACUAAAUAAAGUCUUUUGACUCCUUGUGUGAAA